CUAACAAGAGUGACCUUACCCCCAGAGUGACCACUAACUAGCGUGACCUUACCCCCAGAGUGACCACUAACAAGAGUGACCUUACCCCCAGAGUGACCACUAACAAGAGUGACCUUACCGCCAGAGUGACCACUAACAAGCGUGACCUUACCCCCAGAGUGACCACUAACAAGAGUGACCUUACCCCCAGAGUGACCACUAACUAGCGUGACCUUCCCCUACAGAGUGAGAGCCAUGGCGGAGCUGAACAAGAGUUUGACAGCCAUGGACUGGCUCCCGCGUCUCAACGCCAGAGGAGCCUUCAUGACUGGUAACUGGCUGGAGGGCGCCAGUGACCUGCCCGAGCUGGUGCAGGCAGACUCCUCCACCCCGCCCUCACCACCCACCAACAGCAAGCCCCCCUACAGCUACGCCAGCCUCAUCACCAUGGCCAUCAACAGCAGCGGACGGAAGAGGAUGACGCUGGCGGAGAUCUACCACUGGAUCACCGACAGCUUCUCCUACUACCGCCAGGCCUCGUCCGGCUGGAAGAACUCAGUGCGCCACAACCUGUCCCUGAACAAGUGCUUCAAGAAGGUGCCCCGGACGAAGGACGACCCGGGCAAGGGCUCCUACUGGGCCAUCGACGCCGCCCAGACGCCAGACGACCCACUCUCCAAGAGGAAGAAGCAGUCGUGUCCUAGAUUCAAUCCGUACCUGACGAUGAACAACAGCGCGAGAAACAGCGCCUACAACGCGGCAGUGGGCAAGACUGGCGGGAGCGGCGCCUCCACAGCGGCGGCCAUGGGGGCAGCCGGCCUGCCAGACACCCACCCGAGGCCCGACGGCAGGGCCAUGGGGUCCUGGAGCCACCAGACCACGCCAGACCCGUGGUCUCACACGCACCAGCUGUGGAACAACGAUUCUGACGUGUUGACAUUGGACGGUCGGCCAGUAGCCAGCGCCCCGGCGAGCCUGGCCUCAGGUGCGGUCGACGGCGAGCCCCCUGGUGUUGACGGCAUCAUCAUGAAGGACUGUGACCUGCAUCUUCUCAACAACCUCACACCGGAGUUACUUCGGGAAUAUGAAGAUCUCUUCACAUCUACGUCUGUAGCCAAUCAGAACAUGGUUGGGGGUAUAGGGUUUGGGUCCGGGGUAUUGCCCAUGACCAUGAGCACAACAAUGCCCACACUCACAACCAUUCACACGCCCAUGCACACUGCUCAAAGCGUAUCCGUCGACUGUUUACCAUUUCCCCUGCAAAGUGCGUCAGGAGAGACGUUAGCAACAUUAGUGGCAGACUCUUUGCUCGUGUCGAAUGCGGUCCCUCCCGAUGACGUGCUGCGGUCGCCUCAGCAAGCCAGCAGUCCCGGGGAGUUGCCCCUGGAUGGCAGCUUCAGCUUAAGUGGCCACAGUGACAUAGGGGAAAACAGCUGCUCACUGGCCUCCCUCAGCGAGACGGUGAGUGCCGCCUGCCAUGGCUCCGGAGGCACCGUCACCAUCAUGAGACGAGAACCUGCGGUCUCCAGUCCCCAGCCCCUAUCUGAGCCUCUGUCCCGCCUCCUGGCUCCACUCACGCCCCCGGGACACACUCGCCUCGGCCACGUGACCAAUGAUGACGAUGGGCUGGACGGAGCGCUGGUGUGUGGUCUGGCCGAGGACUUGGAGGCCAUACAGGUGGGACUCAUCACUGGCUCUGGACCACAUUCCGACGACGAGGAGAUCACCGAUGACUUCAACUGGGACAGGCUCCUCUAGCACCAUAUCUUUGACCCGAUGGAUAACUGUGUCCCACUGACGGCCAUGUACAUAACACAGACGAUCUUCAGAUGGACAUGUCACAUUGUACAAAAGACGGUUCGCCAACCUAACGUAACUAAACUUUCCCUUAACCAACCUAACUAAAGCGACCGAAACACAAGUCUAACCAUCAUAAAUACAUCAUAAACAUCAUCAUAAAUCAUCAUGUAUCAUAAAUACAUCAUCAUUACUUAAUACAUCAUAAACUAACAAUAUAUACGGUUUGGACAAUUACAGAAAUUGUCGAACCGUCUUGUGUACGAUUUGACCACACCCUUCAAUCGGGUAAAAAAAGGUGAAUUAUAUAUAAAAGGAAAUGGCUCAAACAUGAUAUUUCUUGGAGUGCUGUGAACUAGUCUUUAAAUAAUAUUGAAAGGCCACAAAUUUAUUUUAUUCGUUUAAGAGCAUUUAAAUUGUGUUUAUUGUGUUUUAAAUAUACUCCUGGACGGUUUAAAUCUCUAAAUAAUUUUAU